AUGCUCAGCGCUGCUGAACAGUUGAAUGACUUGGUGAACGACUCUGUAGGCCUAAUCGAGGAAGACUCAGACCUCUCAGAUUCAGAUGGAGAUAAUCUGACGAGUUUGGCUGAGAGAGGCUAUUUAGAUGAAGCUGUCAGUGAGGUGGCCCCUUCGAGUCCUAGCGUUGAUACGCCGACACUACCUAUGUCCACCCAACGAAGCAUAAAACAGCACACCUGCACCCGUCUACUGCAUCAUAUCCAAGUUGCCCGGCCAAACAUAACAUCAAUCCGGACAUUUCUCACUGAGGUUGAAUUUCAACCAGACGACAUUUUGCUAGCUGGCACUUUUCAUCACAAGCUUCAAGACCUGCUUGUGUUACUGGACAAAAAAAUAUGCUCACCUGGUGCAGGAGGAACAGACAACGACCCGUCUACUGGGCCACCGACGACUCCUACACGCUUGGGGGUGAGACAGAAGUCAGAACAUUUAGAUAUCAUGUCACCAUCUCCCACAAAAGCUGCCAGACAACAGGACUCAUAUUCUAUUCAUUAG